AUGCGAUUUAAUCUAAGCUCAUUGGGACUGGGCUCCCUCUACGCAUCAGUGCUCUCUUUUUACUCAGGUCAGGAGUCGAGUUCUGUAACACAUCACCCCGUCCUCCCGCCAUCCUACCCGCUGGCAGUGCGCAACCCGUAUCUAUCAGCAUGGAUGCCCAGCGACCGAGUACAGCAGCUACCCUCCGCUGAACCCCAAUUCUGGGCGGGCCAGAAGCUUGGCUGGUCCGUGAUUGUUCGUGUCGAUGGUCAGGCAUAUAGUCUAAUGGGUGUACCAGACCCGGACGCAAGCAAUAUCCGCCCUGCGACGGUGUCUCGUGCUGAGUUCACUGCUACGCACUCAAUAUUUGAUCUCACGGCUGGUACCGUAGCAGUCACGCUAGAUUUCUUGUCGCCUGUGUCUCCGUCAAACUAUGUUCGACAGUCGCUUCCUUUUAGUUAUUUGACAGUGCAUGUAUCUGAAGCACACGGUCAUGAUAUCCAGGUGUAUUCGGAUAUCGAUGCCAGGUGGACUGGCCGAGAAAGCCGCUCAAGGCGCGACUUUGGAGAACGAGACGGUCUAGCCUUUUACUCGCUCACAGUCGAAGACGCACCGCUAUAUGCUGAGGCAGACGACAUGGCUCUUUGGGGUUCAGCAAUCCUCGCCUCUCGACCUUCUAGCGUCACUCGAUUGUCCGCCCUCUCGGGAAGUCCCGAGGACGUACGAGGUCUAUUCGUCAAGGACGGUGAGCUAUCCGGCGAGGAUGAUAUCUGGCGCGAGGGAAGUGUUGUCGCACUGGCUCACAAAUUUGGUAAAGUAACUGGUGGACUUUCUAUAAACUUCGUGGUAGGAUACGACAGAGAAACCGCCAUCGACUAUAUGGGAGAAGCGUACACGGGUUUUUAUCGUGCAGAGUACCCGACCACAUCGAGUGCCCUCUCAUUCUUCUUAGAUGACUACAGAAGCGCAUUGCUAGAGUCCUUAAAGUUUGAUCAGGAGCUCGCAACCUUAUCGACCGCCACAGCUGGCCCCAAGUACGCAGAUAUCCUAGCUCUUUCGACCCGACAAGCAUACGGAGGCAUCGACUUGGCUAUUCCCAAAAACUCUCUCGACACAGACGAGGUUUUGGCUUUUAUCAAGGAGCUUUCCAGUGAUGGAAAUAUCAACACAAUCGACGUGAUCAUGCCUGCAUUCCCAAUUUAUUACAUCAUGGAUCCGGAUUACAUCCGACUGUUACUGGAGCCUGUGAUGCAGUACCUUGCUGUUGGUCGCUGGCAUUUGCCAUACAUGAUCCAUGACCUCGGCGCUCAUUAUCCCCGUGCCAUUGGCCACGAUGACCAGGAAGCAGAGCCAAUGUCCAUCGAGGAGUGUGGAAAUCUGCUCAUCUUAGCUGCUGCAUAUGUUCGAGCCACUGGGGAUACCGAUUGGACUUCACAGUACAUGGAGGUUUUCCAGAAGUAUGCAGAUUACUUGGUAGGCAAUAGUGUUGAUAUUGCCAAUCAGCUGUCGUCGAAUGAUGCAGCUGGACCCCUCGCCAACGAGACAAAUCUGGCAAUCAAGGCCGCAGUUGGUCUCAAGGCGUUUGGGGAGAUGAGUGGAGAUGAGUUCUACUCCCGCAUCGGUGAGGAACAUGCAAAUAUCUUCUUCCAGCAAGGCCUGGGAACAGACAAAGAUCAGACACAUUUUGUUCUGGAAUAUCCCGACUGGCCAGAUACCUGGAAGACCCCAUACAAUCUCUUCCCUGAUGUAUUGCUAGGUCUGGAGACAUUCUCCGACGCUGCCUAUCAAAUGGGAAGUAGAUUUUUCACAUCAGUUCGCGGUGAAUAUGGGGUCCCUCUCGAUAAUCGGCAAGACUGGGCCAAAUCAGAUUGGAAUAUGUGGCUAGCUGGCACCUUUGAGACGAGCACCAGGGAUGAGUUCGUCGAUGACUUGUGGUCAUUCAUGACCAACGGAAAACACAACUGGCCUUUCUCUGAUCGGUAUGUUGCAACUUCCGCACACGGAAAUGAGCCAGGAGUGCCUAUCUUGUGUCGGGCCCGUCCGACUGUGGGUGGUCAUUUUGCGUUAUUGGCAUUGAAGGGCCCUCGAUCCAUUCAAUCUUUAUCAUAUCGGCAUGGGGGAGUGUCAUACCCUGUUGUACAGAUGUUGGAUAGGCAGCAAUAUCUCGUUGAGAGCCAUAUCGAAGAACUUUGA